ACGCGCGUCGACAACAAGGGUGAAAGGGAGGAUGAAGACCCCCUCUAAGCCGGGUCCGAAGGGGAGGAAUGGCGAGAGAUCUGGCCGACCUUGCCCGCCUGUGGGUCGAUGACAAAGCGUUCUGGACGAUGGGGGAGGGGCGAAGGCUGUACAACAUCGUCCACGAAACGCGGGAGUACUUUGUCCCCAUCGCCAGCGGAAUGCAAGCGCCCACCCUGCCCAGGAGCGUCGUCAUGCCGAAAUCGUCGAUGACCGUCACAAGGAUUGCGGAUCCCACACAACUGCAGCAGGUGAUCGCCCGCGCGACGGCAAUGGAGAAUAACGCUCUGCGCAUCUUGCAUGGAUGGGUCUUCAAGUCCGAGAACCGUCCCCAAGGAUUCAAUGUCGCUUUCCAGUAUGUGUUGGAGUCGGUGGCGACGGACAUUGCGAGCGUCAUGUGGAACGGUGAGGAGUGGAGUAACGUCGUUAGCUCGCCCGUUUGCGCGCACACAAUCGACCUCAACAUGGACCUGCCUUUGUGGUUUGCAGGCACGAACAUCGAAGACAGGACGGAAGACGACGACAUGGCGGCGCACCAAGAGUCAACCGUCAUAUGCAUCGCGCAUGCGUUUCGCGCCGCGGUGCAAAUGGGUGGCAUCGUCGACGGUGGUUUCAUCUCGCACGAGCGUCUGUCUAGAAUAGCGGAUUGUUUCAGAUUGAUGUUGGCUGCUUGCAUGUGGUUGAUGUGCAUGGCGGGAGACGAUGCGCGCAGCCACUACGAAGCUUUUUACUUCGCAAAGCUCGUCGCGUCCAUUCAUCGCGCUUUCGAUCAUCGGAGAUCCAUCAUCCGAGCCACGAACGCCAUCACGGAGAGACUGGGGAAGGCGAGCGCAACACUUGAAGAGUACCCGAAGUACAUCCCCCACUGGGCUUCCUGCGGCAUCGUCUUUGGGCAAGAUGCGAGCAUAACGGGGCCAGAGGACGCGAAGAGGAGGGAUUGGUUGGGUUCCGGUCCCUUGGAGGACGACGACAACGACGACGAUGCGAAAGAGGACGCGUAGGGGGGGGCGGCCGGGAGGUAGAGGGUGUCGCCGGUGCUUACACGUGGAG